UCUGAGAGGGACUGGUUAGCAGUUUAUGUGGUUGCUAAGCAGUGCAAGCAACUGACAAGAAAAAAAAUAUGGCGGACGAAGAGCAGAUCAACGUUGAAAAUGCGCCAGCAACGGAUAUUCCCAGUUCUGAGGGAGAAGUUACAGAAACCAAAGAUGCAAAUAAUGACUCAGAGAACCCUACCUCAGACAAUACUCCAGCUGAAGCAUCAUCUUCACAAGUACCUGAUGAGUUGCCACAGGAGGGAGAUAGUGCAAAGGAGACUUCAGCCGAUGCUGGAGCAGCAGAUGAGACAAACAAGGAGCAAGAGGAAGUUGAAGGCAAAGGAAAAGAAGAUGCAAUAGGAAAUCCAAAUCAACUAGAGGAAAGACUGGAUCAUAUUGAGCUUGAGAAGGUAGAAGAGGAACAGGAUGAAAAUGCUCCUUUACCAGAGAAUGAAGGCAUCCCUGAGACUGAUAAUGAUCCCACCAUGGAGGUAGCCCAGCCACUGUCCAGAGAGGGGACACCCACUGGACAAAGGACAAUCAUGGAGGAGGAGGGUAAGGAAGAGCCUGAUGCUUCAGCAACUCCUCCUCCUCUAGUGCUGCAGUCUCCAGAACCAACAACUGGCAUGGAACAGAUGGAUACAUAUAUUGAAUCAGAUGUCAUGCAAUAUGAUGAGAUGGAGUAUGAUGACGAGUCUGAACCAGAGAUUCCCAUCUACAACAGAGCAGAACUUAUUGAACGCUACCAGCAAGCAUUGGAGGAAAGAUCUUCUCUGCAAGCACUGAAUGGCCAGCUUCAACACAAGCUGGCUGAAUAUUUCAAAAAGAAAAAGAGUGAUGAGCGACAGCAGGAGAUAGAAAAGAAUGUGACAGAUCAGGAACAAAGAUAUCUCAAGUAUAUGUCAAAUCUUGAAGAACUUCAAAAUGAGGAGAGUCGAGAAACAAAAAACUAUGAGGAUCAGAUUGAAGAUUUAAAAGAGAAAUGCCACGAGAAGCAAGAAGUAGUGAACCAAGCCAGUGACGACUUCAUGAUGUUUAAGAAUGAUGUCGCAAAACAAGCCAUCAACAGUCGAUCUGGAAAACCAAUUCCUCCCAAGGAUCUUGAACAAUACCAGAUGUUGGAAAUUAAAAAAGAACAAGAAGUUAUGCAGGUGCGACUGGAGAACAUUAAGCUCAAAAACCGGCUGAAGAAGAGAGAGAUGCAAUUAAAAGCUAAGGAGGAGCUAGCGGAAGGAUUGCACUUGAUUGACUUUGAGCAGCUGAAGAUUGAAAACCAGACUUACAACGAAAAGAUUGAAGAAAGAAAUGAGGAGCUUUUGAAACUUCGCAAGAAGAUCACUACUACAGUGCAAGUCCUAACGCAUCUGAAGGAGAAGUUGCAGUUUGUACAGGCAGAGAACAGUGAACACAGAAACAUUCUCAGAUCAGUCGAAGCACACGCCGCACAGAAAAGAGAUAUUUUGACAAGAACAAAACAGGUCAGGGAUGCACUGAGAAUAGAAAAUGUCAAGCUUAGACAGAAGUGUGGACUCCUUGGAAACGAGCCGCUACUCAGAGACUACGAGCAACGGAAAGAACAGAGCGAUGAUAUACGGGCGAAAAUUGAUCGUCUGAAGAUGGAUCACGCCGAACUGACCAUGGACUGCAGCGGAAUACGAACCAAAAUUGAAGGAGCCAGACAAAACGAAAAAUCGCUUUAGCUUUGCAUUCUAAUGUCGUCUGUAUAUAAAUUUAUUGACAGCGCUAUUGUACAUAAUGUGGUUUUUAUGUAAAUUUGCUUAAAUGCGGCGA